AUGACGACUACAGAGACACUCUGGCAGCAUCCAAAUGGUGCCUUAGUGAACAAUGAUGAUCCUCCACAGCUUUUUGAGCAAGUUGAAAUUGAAUAUGUUCCAGAGCAAUUAGCAGAGUUAAACGAUGGCAUGUAUGCAGACUUCAAACAAAUAUUCGAAUACUUCACAUUCAAGGACGCUGCGGGUGUUGAAGAGGAAAAGAAAGAUGAUGUCCAUCACUCUCAAGAAGACUCAAAUUCAGAAGAGGAUAAUCAACAAAAACAAGAAAAGGGCGUUUCAAACAAGAAGAAAAAGCGCGUGAAGAUGAACAUUGCGGAACUGAAACAGAUGUGUGCAAGGCCUGAUGUUGUUGAGGUGUGGGACGCAACUGCAGCUGAUCCUAAGUUGCUGGUGUUUCUGAAAUCAUACCGGAACACAGUACAGGUGCCAAGGCAUUGGAGCCAGAAGAGGAAAUACUUACAGGGAACACGUGGUGUCAAAAAGCAACCUUUUCAGCUCCCUGAUUACAUUGCUGCUACCGGAAUUGAGAAACUCCGACAGGCGUACAAUGAGAAAGAAGAUAACAAGAAGUUGAAGCAAAAGCAACGAGAAAGAAUGCAGCCAAAGAUGGGCAAGAUGGACAUUGAUUACCAGGUACUUCAUGAUGCCUUUUUCAAGCAUCAGGUAAAGCCAAAGCUCACAACAGUUGGUGAUCUGUACUACGAAGGGAAAGAGUUUGAUCAGGUGACACUGAUGGAUCAGAUGAAGCCGGGUGCCAUGUUGUCACAUGAACUACAAGAAGCUCUUGGUAUGUCAGAGGGUGCUCCUCCGCCGUGGCUCAUUAGUAUGCAGAGAUAUGGUCCUCCACCAUCAUAUCCACAUCUGAAAAUCCCGGGGUUGAACGCUCCUAUCCCCGGCGGAGCUAGCUUUGGUUACCAUCCGGGUGGCUGGGGAAAGCCUCCUGUUAAUGAAUAUGGCCGACCUUUGUAUGGGAACGUUUUUGGUGUUGAGCAAACUAAUCAUGAGGAAGAGCCAGUUGAAAAGAUGAAGCAUUGGGGUGAGUUGGAGGAAGAAGAGGAAGAGAAAGAAGAGAUUGAGAAAGAAAAAGAUUUAGAGGAUGAUAUGGAAUCUGUAGAUAGCUUUUCAAGUGGCGGAGCUGAUCAGACAGUACCCGAUGUGAUCGAGCUGCGGAAGCAGCAGAGAAAAGAAACAGCUGAAAGGCCUUUGUACCAAGUACUUGAAGAGAAAGAAGAAAGAGUUGCUGCAGGGGCAUUGCUCGGAACAACUCACACGUAUGUUGUUGGCAGCAACAGCAGCCGAGACGACAAGGCAGGAGCGAAAAGGGUGGAUCUGCUCAGGUGUCAUAAAGCAGAUAAAGUGGAUGUGACUCUACAACCUGAAGAGUUGGAAGCUAUGGAGAAUGUGUUACCUGAGAAGUAUCAACAAGCCAGGGAGGAGGAGAAGAUGCGUAGUCAGCCGGAGGAUUUUAGUGACAUGGUUGCGGAGAACGAGAAGCAGAGGAAGCGUAAGAUGCAGGAAAAGGAAGCCAAAUCCAACAAGAAGCAGAAGGAUUUUAAGUUCUAG